CCCAGUCUGACCCAGUCCAGACAACCGGUCUCCAGCUGGGGCUGGGGAAACGGGGGUGGAGAGGUGCGGCCCCCCCACGCCCCUUCGGGGUGGGGGGCGCGGGCUCAGCGGUCCGGGACCCAGGAAUGCCCCCCCGCCAGCCCCCUCGGCAGGCCGGGGGAGGGCUCAGCCGGGAGUUUGGCAAACUCCUCCCCGCGUUGAGUCAUUCGCCUCUGGGAGGUUUAGGAAGCGGCUCCGGGUCGGUGGCCCCAGGACAGGGAAGAGCGGGCGCUAUGGGGAGCCGGACGCCAGGGUCCCCUCUCCACGCCGUGCGGCUGCGCCGGGGCCCCCGGCGCCGACCCCCGCUGCCGCCGCUGCUGCUGCUGCUGCUGCUGCCGCCGCCACCCAGGGUCGGGGGCUUCAACUUAGACACGGAGGCCCCGGCGGUGCUCUCCGGGCCCCCAGGCUCCUUCUUCGGCUUCGCGGUGGAGUUUUACCGGCCUCUCACAGACGGGGUCAGCGUGCUGGUGGGAGCGCCCAAGGCUAACACCAGCCAGCCAGGAGUGCUGCAGGGUGGUGCUGUCUACCUCUGUCCCUGGGGCUCAAGCCCCACACAGUGCACCCCCAUCGAAUUUGACAGCAAAGGCUCUCGGUUCCUGGAGUCCUCACUGUCCAGCUCAGAGGGAGAGGAGCCUGUGGAGUACAAGUCCUUGCAGUGGUUCGGGGCGACAGUUCGAGCCCAUGGCUCCUCCAUCUUGGCAUGUGCUCCAUUAUACAGCUGGCGCACAGAGAAGGAGCCACUGAGCGACCCCGUGGGCACCUGCUACCUCUCCACAGACAACUUCACCCGAAUUCUGGAAUAUGCACCUUGCCGCUCAGAUUUCAGCUGGGCAGCAGGACAGGGCUACUGCCAAGGAGGCUUCAGUGCCGAGUUCACCAAGACUGGCCGUGUGGUCCUAGGUGGGCCGGGGAGCUAUUUCUGGCAAGGCCAGAUCCUGUCCGCCACUCAGGAGCAGAUUGCAGAAUCCUAUUACCCCGAGUACUUGAUCAACCUCGUUCCGGGGCAGCUGCAGACUCGCCAGGCCAGCUCCAUCUACGAUGACAGCUACCUAGGAUACUCUGUGGCUGUGGGUGAAUUCAGUGGUGAUGACACGGAAGACUUUGUUGCUGGUGUACCCAAAGGGAACCUCACCUAUGGCUAUGUCACCAUCCUCAAUGGCUCAGACAUCCGAUCCCUCUACAACUUCUCAGGGGAACAGAUGGCUUCCUACUUUGGCUAUGCAGUGGCUGCCACAGACAUCAACGGGGACGGGCUGGAUGACUUGCUGGUGGGGGCACCGCUGCUCAUGGAGCGGACAGCUGAUGGGCGGCCUCAGGAGGUGGGCAGGGUCUAUGUCUACCUGCAGCACCCGGCCGGCAUAGAACCCACACCCACCCUUACCCUCACUGGCCAUGAUGAGUUUGGCCGAUUUGGCAGCUCCUUGACCCCCCUGGGGGACCUGGACCAGGAUGGCUACAAUGAUGUGGCCAUUGGGGCUCCCUUUGGAGGGGAGACCCAGCAGGGAGUAGUGUUUGUAUUCCCUGGGGGCCCAGGAGGGCUGGGCUCUAAGCCUUCCCAGGUUCUGCGGCCGCUGUGGGCAGCCAGCCACACCCCAGACUUCUUUGGCUCUGCCCUUCGUGGAGGCCGAGACCUGGACGGCAAUGGAUACCCUGAUCUGAUUGUGGGCUCCUUUGGUGUGGACAAGGCUGUGGUGUACAGGGGUCGCCCCAUUGUGUCUGCCAGCGCCUCCCUCACCAUCUUCCCUGCCAUGUUCAACCCGGAGGAGCGCAGCUGCAGCUUGGAGGGGAACCCUGUGGCCUGCAUCAACCUCAGCUUCUGCCUCAAUGCUUCUGGAAAACACGUCCCUGACUCCAUUGGCUUCACGGUGGAACUUCAGCUGGACUGGCAGAAGCAGAAGGGAGGGGUUCGGCGGGCACUGUUCCUGGCCUCCAGACAGGCAUCCCUGACCCAGACCCUGCUCAUCGAGAAUGGGGCUCGGGAGGAAUGCAGAGAGAUGAAGAUCUACCUCAGGAAUGAGUCAGAAUUCCGAGACAAACUCUCCCCAAUUCACAUCGCUCUCAACUUCUCCUUGGACCCCCAAGCCCCUGUGGACAGCCAUGGCCUCCGGCCAGUCCUGCAUUACCAGAGCAAGAGCCGGAUAGAGGACAAGGCUCAGAUCUUGCUGGACUGUGGAGAAGACAACAUCUGUGUGCCUGACCUACAGCUGGAAGUGUUUGGGGAUCAGAACCAUGUGUACCUGGGUGACAAGAACUCGCUGAACCUAACUUUCCAUGCCCAGAAUGUGGGUGAGGGUGGUGCUUAUGAGGCUGAGCUUCGGGUCACGGCCCCUCCAGAGGCUGAGUACUCAGGACUCGUCAGACACCCAGGGAACUUCUCCAGCCUGAGCUGUGACUACUUUGCCGUGAACCAGAGCCGCCUGCUAGUGUGUGACCUGGGCAACCCUAUGAAGGCAGGAGCCAGUCUCUGGGGUGGCCUUCGGUUCACAGUCCCUCAUCUCCGGGACACUAAGAAAACCAUCCAGUUUGACUUCCAGAUCCUCAGCAAGAAUCUCAACAACUCGCAAAGCGACAUGGUUUACUUCCGGCUCUCCGUGGAGGCUCAGGCCCAGGUCUCCCUUAACGGUGUCUCCAAGCCUGAAGCGGUGCUGUUCCCGGUGAGUGACUGGCGUCUCCAAGACCAGCCUCAGGAGGAGGGGGACGUGGGCCCUGCUGUCCACCACGUCUAUGAGCUCAUCAACCGGGGCCCCAGCUCCAUUAGCCGGGGCAUGCUGGAGCUCAGCUGUCCCCAGGCUCUGGGAGAUCAGCAGCUUCUCUAUGUGACCAGGGUUACAGGACUCAGCAACUGCACUGCUAGUCACUCCCUCAACCCACAGGACCUGGAGUUGGAUCCGGAGGGUUCCCUGCAUCACCUUCAAAGACGGGAAGCUCCGGGCCAGAGCCCUUCCUCCUCAGGACCUCAGAUCCUGAAAUGCCCAGAGGCAGAGUGUUUCAGGCUGCGCUGUGAGCUUGGGCCACUGCACCGACAAGAGAGCCUAAGUCUCCAACUACAUUUCCGAGUCUGGGCCAAGACCUUUCUGCAGAGGGAGCACCAGCCAUUUAGCCUGCAAUGUGAAGCUGUGUAUGAAGCCCUGAAGAUGCCCUACAGAAUCCUGCCUCGGCAGCUGCCCAAAAAGAAACUUCAGGUGGCCACAGCCAUGCAGUGGACUAAGGCAGAAGGCAGCCAUGGUGUCCCACUGUGGAUCAUUAUCCUAGCCAUCCUCUUUGGCCUCCUGCUCCUAGGUCUGCUCAUCUACAUCCUCUACAAGCUCGGAUUCUUCAAACGCUCUCUCCCAUAUGGCACCGCCAUGGAAAAAGCUCAGCUCAAGCCUCCAGCCACCUCUGAUGCCUGAGUCUUCUCGAUCCCAGACUCCCAAUCCAGAAGACCCAGUUCCCCCACCCUCAGUCUACUGAAAGUGAGGGGACUGGGCACUUCCCAAAGGUGCUGAGGGCCAGGGAGAAGUUUCUCUCCCCAGCCCAGAGACAUACUUGAAGGGCCAGAGCCAGGGGGGCAAGAAGCUGGGAGAUCCCUCCCCCCAUGCACUGUGAAGGACCCUUGUUUACACAUGCCCUCUUCAUGGAUGGGGGAACCCAGAUCCAGGGACAGAGGCCCCAGCCUCCCCGCAGCCUUUGUGUUUUGGAAAGAGUUUCUUGAAAACAACUUGGAACCAUAACUGGGGAAUCCAUUCCCAGUUCUUGGGCCAGACAUGCCACAAGGACUUCCUAUCCAGCUCUAGCCUGCAAAAAUCUGUCCUCAGCCUUGCCAGAGAUCCAAAGGAAGCCUCCAGCUAAGAACCUGGAACUUAGGGAAAGAGACCUGGCAGCUGUGGACAGCCCCCGCCCUGGUGGGCCAACAAGGAACACUAACUAUGGAUGGUGCCCCAGGACCAGCUCAGGAUAGAUCCCAAACAAGGAUCGACGCUGGCCCAGAACCCAGCUCCAGGGGCAAUCAGAACUCAAAUGGGGCCAGAUCCAGCCUGGGGCCUGGGGUUGAUCUGGAUCCCAGACUCAGACAUUGGUAACCUAAUCCAGCAGAUCCAGGACUACAUUUGGACCUGCUCCAGACGGGUCCUGGAGGCCCAACUCACGCCUGACUUGGAAGAAGUCAGGAAUUGCCCAGGACCCUGAGGGGGCCAUGAUGGCAACAGAUCUGGAACCUCAGCCUGGCCAGACACAGGCCCUCCCAGUCCCCCAGGGAAAGGGGAGCCCAAUCCUGGGCCUACAGAAUUUGGGUUCUGCCUUCCAGCUGCACUGACGCUGCCCCCUCUUCUCUCUGCCCACCCCUUCCCUCACCUUGGCUCCAGACACCCAGGACUUAUUUAAACUCUGUUGCAAGUGCAAUAAACCUCACCCAGUGCCCCCA